GUGGCGCGGGCGCUGUCCAGCGUGCUGAAGCCGGAGCAAGAGCGCUGUUGCUGACCCAGCUGAGCCAGCUCCCAGGACGCCAGCCCUCGACCAUCGCUCAUACUCCAGCCACGGAACGGAGCCAAGACAGACCGGUCCCGAUUUCCCCCCUGCCCCGACCCUCCUCUCCACCUCCCGCCGUCGUGACACCGGCUGUCUCUGGCAGCCCGUUGGUCAUGAAAACCUUCACGUUGCCGGCAUCCGUCCUCUUCUGCUUCCUUCUACUGAUCCAGGGGUUGGGAGCAGCGCCCCCCGGGCGCUCCAAUGUUUAUCCUCCUCCCCUCGGCUCUGAGCAUAAUGGGCAGGUAGCUGAGGACGCAGUGUCCCGGCCAAAGGAUGACAGCAUCCCAGAGGUCCGAGCUGCUCGGAAUUCCGAGCCUCAGGACCAGGGAGAGCUCUUCCAGGGCGUGGAUCCCCGGGCGCUGGCCGCGGUACUGUUGCAGGCACUGGACCGUCCGGCCUCGCCCCCGGCGGUCCCGGGAGGUUCCCAGCAGGCAACACCCGAAGAAGCAGCAGAAGCUCUGCUGACCGAGUCUGUGCGCAGUCAGACCCAUAGCCUCCCAGCACCAGAAAUCCAAGCGCCCGCUGUGGCCCCCCCUCGCCCUCAGACUCAGGACAACGAUCCUGAGACGGACGACCGCUCAGAAGAGCUGGAGGCGCUAGCAUCCUUGCUCCAAGAACUUCGAGACUUCAGUCCGAGCAAUGCUAAGCGCCAGCAAGAGACGGCGGCAGCAGAGACUGAAACCCGCACGCACACGCUGACCCGAGUCAAUCUGGAGAGCCCCGGGCCAGAGCGCGUAUGGCGCGCUUCCUGGGGAGAGUUCCAGGCGCGUGUCCCGGAGGGCGCUCCUCUGCCGCCCCCGGUCCCUUCUCAAUUCCAGGCUAGAAUGUCCGAAAGCGCUCCCCUUCCCGAAACCCAUCAGUUCGGGGAAGGAGUGUCCUCCCCUAAAACACAUCUAGGUGAGACUUUGACACCCUUAUCCAAGGCGUACCAAAGUCUAGGUGCCCCCUUCCCCAAGGUGCGCCGGCUCGAGGGCUCAUUCCUGGGCGGCUCUGAGGCAGGAGAGCGCCUGCUUCAGCAAGGGUUAGCUCAGGUAGAGGCAGGGAGGAGACAGGCGGAGGCCACCCGGCAGGCCGCGGCUCAAGAAGAGCGGCUGGCCGAUCUCGCCUCCGACCUGCUGCUCCAGUAUCUGCUGCAGGGCGGAGCCCGGCAACGCGAUCUCGGGGGUCGCGGGCUGCAGGAGACGCAGCAAGAGCGGGAGAACGAGAGGGAGGAGGAGGCGGAGCAGGAGAGACGCGGUGGUGGGGAGGACGAUGUGGGGGAAGAGGAUGAGGAGGCGGCGGAGGCGGAGGCGGAGGCAGAGGAGGCGGAGAGGGCGCGGCAGAACGCGCUCCUGUUCGCCGAGGAGGAGGACGGGGAAGCCGGAGCUGAGGACAAGCGCUCCCAGGAGGAGGCGCCAGGCCAUCGGCGGAAGGAUGCUGAGGGGGCAGAGGAGGGCGGGGAGGAGGAUGACGACGACGAGGAGAUGGAUCCACAGACGAUCGAUAGUCUCAUUGAACUGUCCACCAAACUCCACCUGCCAGCAGACGAUGUGGUCAGCAUCAUCGAAGAGGUGGAGGAGAAGCGGAAGCGGAAGAAGAACGCCCCUCCCGAGCCGGUGCCGCCUCCCAGGGCUGCCCCAGCCCCAACCCAUGUCCGUUCCCCGCAGCCCCCACCUCCCGCCCAGGCCCGGGAUGAGUUGCCAGACUGGAACGAAGUGCUCCCACCCUGGGAUCGGGAGGAGGAUGAGGUGUUUCCCCCGGGGCCCUAUCACCCCUUCCCAAACUACAUUCGGCCGCGGACACUGCAGCCGCCCGCAUCCUCCCGCCGCCGUCACUUCCAUCACGCAUUGCCACCUGCGCGCCACCAUCCUGAUCUGGAGGCCCAGGCCAGGCGCGCGCAGGAGGAAGCAGACGCGGAGGAGCGCCGGCUGCAGGAGCAGGAAGAGCUGGAGAAUUACAUUGAGCACGUGCUGCUGCACCGCCCGUGACCCGCCCCGGCCCCGCCCCCGCGCGCCCGCUCCCAGCUGCGCGCGCCACCACGCCCCCCCUCCGUGUCGCUCCUCCUCCCUCUCCGUGUUUGCAUGCGCCCCGGCUCCGCCCCUUGGCUGCCGCCCGGCCCCGCCCCACAAGGCCCCGCCCCGGGUUCUGUCUGCACGGGACCUGUCAGACUUCUCUGGGGUCUGCAGUCUACAAAACCCAAAACGGGCGAGCCCGGGGCCAGCCCAGGCGGGUGUGUGGUUUGUGCGAAUCCCCUUACACCCCCACUUCCUCCAGGGGCCUUGUCCCCAUCUAGUUUCUCUAGCGACUUCCCGGUCCCAAACGGGGGGAAAAGCUGUCCUAUUUAAUCGUGUGACGUGUAUGUCUCCCAGCCUUGGGGCCUCCGGAGCCUACCCUCUUCUCCAAAUUGCUGUGAACUUACCCACUUCUUCUCCUUCUCUGUUGUAAAUACCCCUCACGGAGGAAAUAGUUUUGCUAAGAAAUAAAAGUGACUAUUUUAUUAGGA